CCUCCGGGUGCCUGCCCUGCCUGCCCGAGGCGAGCGCGAGGGCUGCAGCGGCUCUGCGGCGCAGGAGCAGGCAACCACCCGCGGCGGCGGCAACGAGGGGCCCUCGGCGUUGUCCUCCGACCGAGCAAAACCGCGGCGGGGGAAGGGGGAAGUUCGGCCUUCAGGCGCGAGCCCGAGGAAGGAGGAUGACGAUUUAAUCCGCCCUCUCCUGCCAGUCCAGCUGCCAGGCGCUCCCUAGGUGCCUGCUGCCGGAGCCUGCAAGCCGCGCCCGGAGAAGUGCCGCAUGGGGCAGGGCCGCUGAAGCCGGAGUUCGGGGUCGCGCCGAAGCGGGCGCGGGGUCCCGGUGGGGCAGUUGACAUAGUUUCCGCAGCCCCUUCAGCGCGAGAGUUUGGGAAGCGGCGCGACUCUUCCGCCGCCCCUGUGCCUUCGUGAGUCGCGAGUUAUGGAGCCCCCCAGCUGCAUUCAGGAUGAGCCCUUCCCACACCCCUUGGAGCCGGAGUCGGGAGCCUCAGUGCAGCCGGGGCCUGGGAAGCCGGGCGAUAAGAGGUUCCGGCUGUGGUACGUGGGGUGGUCGUGCCUGGACCGCAGGACCACGCUGCCCAUGUUGCCCUGGCUCAUGGCCGAGAUCCGCCGGCGCAGCCAGAAGCCCGAGGCGGGCGGCUGCGGGGCACCGGCGGCACGCGAGGUGCUCCUGGUGCUCAGCGCGCCCUUUCUACGCUGCGUCCCGGCUCCAGUCACUGGGACAGCGGGGGGCUCCGGCCCGGCAGUCGGGCAGCCCAGCACAGCGGUGUUCAUCUUCGAGCACAAGGCACAGCACAUCUCGCGCUUCAUCCACAACAGCCACGACCUCACCUACUUUGCCUACCUGAUCAAGGCGCAGCCCGAUGACCCCGAGUCGCAGAUGGCCUGCCACGUUUUCCGCGCCACAGACCCGAAUCAGGUUCCCGAGGUUAUCAGCAGCAUAAGGCAGUUGUCUAAAGCCGCCAUGCAAGAGGAUGCCAAACCCAGCAAAGACAAUGAGGAUGCCUUCUACAACUCUCAGAAGUUCGAGGUCCUGUACUGCGGGAAGGUGACCGUGACCCACAAGAAGGCGCCGUCCAGCCUCAUCGACGACUGCAUUGAGAAGUUCAGCCUGCACGAGCAGCAGCGCCUGAAGAUCCAGGGCGAGCAGCGCGGCCCGGAUGCCAACGACCGGGUCAUUUUCGAAGUCGAGGGGCCCAGUUCGCCUUCAGACAUUCUGCUGGAGGAAGAGGAUGGCGUCACCAACACCGCCCCUGCCUUACCUCCCGUGGCCGGCCAGCCGGCGCUGUCCAGCGCUCGGCUUUGCUUCCCGGAGCGGAUUUUGGAAGAUUCUGGCUUUGAUGAACAGCAGGAGUUCCGCUCUCGGUGCAGCAGUGUCACCGGCGUCCUGCAAAAGAAAGUCCAUGAGAACAGCCAAAAACCACAGCCGCGGAGGAGACACGCGAGCGCGCCCAGUCACGUCCAGCCCUCGGACUCGGAGAAGAACAGGACCAUGCUGUUUCAGGUUGGGCGGUUCGAGGUUAACCUUAUCAGCCCAGACACCAAAUCAGUUGUGCUUGAAAAGAAUUUUAAAGAUAUCUCUUCUUGUUCACAGGGUAUAAAGCAUGUUGAUCACUUCGGCUUUAUCUGUCGGGAAUCAGCAGAGGCUGGGCUGAGCCAGUACGUCUGUUACGUGUUCCAGUGUGCCAGUGAGUCUCUGGUCGAUGAGGUGAUGCUGACUCUGAAACAGGCUUUCAGUACAGCAGCCGCCCUGCAGAGCGCCAAGACCCAGAUCAAGCUGUGCGAGGCCUGCCCUAUGCACUCGCUGCAUAAGCUCUGUGAAAGGAUCGAAGGUCUCUACCCCCCAAGAGCCAAACUGGUCAUUCAGAGGCAUCUCUCAUCACUGACAGAUAACGAGCAAGCUGACAUCUUUGAACGCGUCCAGAAAAUGAAGCCAGUCAAUGACCAGGAGGAAAACGAACUUGUGAUUUUACACUUGAGGCAGCUUUGCGAGGCCAAGCAGAAGACCCACGACCACAUUGGGGAAGGCCCAUCGACUAUAUCAAAUAGUGCAAUCCCGGAAAAUGCAACAAGCAGUGGAAGGUUCAAGCUUGACAUUCUGAAAAAUAAAGCUAAGAGAUCCUUAACUAGCUCCCUGGAAAAUAUCUUCUCAAGGGGAGCUAACAGAAUGAGAGGUCGGCUUGGGAGCAUGGAUAGCUUUGAACGGGCCAACAGUCUUGCUUCAGAGAAGGACUACUCUCCAGGAGACUCCCCACCAGGGACACCGCCAGCCUCCCCACUGUCCUCUGCUUGGCAGACCUUCCCUGAAGAGGAUUCCGACUCCCCCCAGUUUCGAAGACGGGCACACACGUUCAGCCACCCACCUUCAAGCACAAAGAGAAAGCUGAAUUUACAGGAUGGGAGGGCUCCCGGGGUUCGCUCCCCUUUUCUGAGGCAGAGCUCCAGCGAACAGUGCAGCAUCCUUCCACCUGCUCGGCGCAUGCACAAGGAGAGUAAUUCUUCCUCCAGUCUUCCAAGUCUGCACACUUCCUUCUCUGCCCCUUCCUUCACUGCCCCCUCUUUCCUGAAAAGCUUUUACCAGAAUUCAGGUAGACUGUCCCCACAGUAUGAAAAUGAAAUCAGCGAUGGAGAGGGGAGAAAAAGGACCUCGUCUACUUGCAGCAAUGAGUCACUGAACGCUGGAGGCACCCCAGUCACCCCUCGCCGAGUCUCCUGGCGGCAGCGCAUCUUCCUCAGGGUGGCGUCUCCCAUGAACAGAUCUCCCUCGGCCAUGCAGCAGCAGGAUGGACUGGACAGGAAUGAGCUGCUGCCACUGUCCCCUCUUGCUCCCACCAUGGAAGAGGAGCCGCUGGUUAUAUUUGUGUCUGGGGACGAUGACCCAGAAAAAGUGGAAAAAAGAAAAAAAUCAGAAGAACUGAGGAGUUUGUGGAGAAAAGCUAUACACCAACAAAUUUUGUUGCUUCGAAUGGAAAAAGAGAACCAGAAACUUGAAGCAAGCAGAGAUGAACUCCAUACCAGAAAAGUUAAACUGGACUAUGAAGAAGUUGGUGCAUGUCAGAAGGAGGUCUUAAUAACUUGGGAUAAGAAGUUAUUAAACUGCAGAGGAAAAAUCAGAUGUGAUAUGGAAGAUGUUUAUGCUUCUCUUAAAGAAGGUGUUCCCAAAAGCCGGCGAGGAGAAAUCUGGCAGUUCUUAGCUUUACAGUAUCGCCUAAGGCACAGAUUGCCUACCAAGCAGCAGCCUCCUGACUCAUCCUAUAAAGAACUUCUGAAGCAGCUCACCGCGCAGCAGCACGCCAUUCUCGUGGAUUUAGGAAGGACAUUUCCUACUCACCCUUACUUUUCAGCACAGCUUGGGGCAGGGCAACUGUCACUCUUCAACCUCUUGAAAGCCUACUCAUUGCUGGACAAAGAAGUGGGUUACUGUCAGGGGAUCAGCUUUGUGGCUGGAGUCCUGCUUUUGCACAUGAGUGAGGAGCAAGCCUUUGAGAUGCUGAAAUUCCUCAUGUAUGACCUGGGCUUCCGCAAGCAGUACAGGCCCGACAUGAUGUCGCUGCAGAUUCAGAUGUACCAGCUGUCCCGACUCCUUCACGACUAUCACAGAGAUCUCUACAAUCAUCUCGAAGAAAAUGAAAUCAGCCCCAGUCUUUAUGCUGCCCCCUGGUUCCUCACAUUGUUUGCCUCUCAGUUUCCACUAGGAUUUGUAGCCAGAGUUUUUGAUAUUAUUUUUCUUCAGGGAACUGAAGUUAUAUUUAAGGUUGCACUUAGCCUACUGAGCAGCCAAGAAACACUUAUAAUGGAAUGUGAAAACUUUGAAAAUAUUGUUGAAUUUCUUAAAAACACACUACCUGAUAUGAAUACAUCUGAAAUGGAAAAAAUUAUCACCCAGGUUUUUGAGAUGGAUAUUUCUAAACAGCUACAUGCCUAUGAGGUGGAAUAUCACGUGCUGCAGGAUGAGCUUCAGGAAUCUCCAAAUGCCUGUGAGUACAGUGAGCCGAUGGAGAAGCUGGAGAGGGCCAACAGCCAGCUGAAAAGACAAAACAUGGACCUCCUGGAAAAACUACAGGUAGCUCAUGCUAAAAUCCAGGCGUUGGAAUCCAACCUGGAAAAUCUUUUGACCAGAGAGACCAAGAUGAAAUCUUUAAUCCGGACCCUGGAACAGGAGAAAAUGGCCUAUCAGAAGACAGUGGAGCACAUCCGGAAGCUGCUGCCCGCCGAUGUUGUCGCCGACUGCGAAUCGCUGCUGCGGGAGAUGAACUGCAACCCUAACAACAAAGCCAAGACUGGAAGCAAGUCGUAACCGAGGCAGUGCCGCCCAGCAGGACGCGCCGGAGAACGCGACGGGAGGAGAGGAUCUGCGUGCUGCUGGCCCAGCGCGGGCCGCCGCUGCGGCGGAGCCCUCGGGGCUGGUGCUGAGCCUGGUCCGCGCCCCGGCGCUACCUGCAGAGGGUGCCAACCCUAAGCCAUUGUGCAUAGGCAGACUCAUUUUUGUUAUUGCUGUUGACUAUGUACAUACAUAAUAUGGACAUCAAGAAUUCUUGCUUUCGGGUAAAAAGAGUAAAUGUAGAUUUAGAACAAUUUUUUUUUUUUUAAAUCAAAACUUCAUGAAAUCCACACCAAAGGGCAGUUGAAAAUGAAAUGUCCCUUAACACAUGUGAAAUCAUUUCACCUUGGUCAUGAAACAAAGCUAGAGAAUCUUUGUAUAUUGAAAUAUACUUGACAAAAAUGAAUGUAUUUUUCUUCUCCAAAGAACAGCAUGUUUCACUCAAUAGCAGAGAGACGGAAACAUUUGCGUAAAUCUAUGUGUGUGUCUUAAAGCCUAUUGACAUUGUACACCUGAGGAAAAUGACUGUCAGUCACGCGUCUGCGGUUCUUUCAGGAAGAUGGGCCUUUUCCCCGCCUGCUUUGUGCCAACGGGCCUGUGGGCCUACAUGCAUUUGGAGGAGCAAGACAUUGUGGCCAAGUCUGCCCACCCAGCUCAAGGUGAAAGAGAAUGUUGCUAAUUUUUUAGCAAAUUAGCCCAGCAUUGUAAUUUAAUAUCAGGCCUCAGAAUUUUAAUUUAGGACCUAAAUUGACCCAUUCAGUUUUUUUUCCUUUCUAUUUAAAUUACUCCUCCAUGUGCCUCCCCUUUCCUUGGUGCCACAUUGGUAACAAGGAUUUGCCAUUUUCCCUCCAAAACAUAGGAGCUCUUACCUACCUUAAAUGAAGGAUAAAGGAAUGCAAUUAGGGUUAGUUUUUUAAAGAUGAUAUGCUGCGUUCAGAUACUUUUUUGCGGACGGUUGAUAGAAUGUAAUGAGCUCAUAAUCAUCUUCCCCUUCAAUGUGAAAAUUUAUGAGAACUGUGAAAUGUUCAAACCAAUGGUUGAAAUUUGUUGGGAGGGACGGGGAACGUGGCACCGGGCCCUUCUAACGCAGAAGUCUCUGCGUUUGGGUUGGGCCCCCAGCUUCGCAGCCACAGACAGCGCAGCGGAAGGCAUUCUCGCGUGGCAGGUGUGUGGGAGGGAGGGUAAGUUCACGGUGCGCAUGUGGGGCUCCGGGUCACGGGUGGUUCUGGGAUGGCGCCUCUGCAACUGGAUGCGGCGCUUUUGCCUUUCCAAAACAAUGUUUAUCAUCGCUGCUUUGGGCAGUCCUAACAUGAGCACAGGUGGAUUAUCUGGGAUAAUUUUUUCCGAAGGGAGUUUGUUUUACACAAGCUACGCUGUGUCCUAGAGGAGGAGAGUCGAGCUCUGAAGGUUUUGGAAAACCUUGAUGAGCAGAUGAUAAGCAUCUGCUCUCUCCCUCUGCCCCGUUAUUCGGUGUAACUGCAAUGAUUCUUGUUACAAAUCAACAGGCCCUCUAACCCAGGCAGUUUUCUUAAAAGAAAAUGAAGUCUUGUUAGUCAGGUUCAUGUAAUUUCUAGGUCCUAGAAAAUGCUGAUUCUAGGUACCCCAUUCAGUUGGGGCCACCAACUGAUUUAUUGCUUGGAUAUCCCCAAAAUGACUCUCUUUGUAGGAGAGGUUUUUUUAUUUUCAUUUUUUUCUAGUGGUGAAAAUUACCUGAUGUGCGUGAUGCACGGAAAGUAGCCAAGGACUCUUCAAGUUGGGAAAAGAAACUUUUCAGAUCAGUUUAAAGUUAAUUUUAUUCUGGAUGUUCAGAGGCAAUAUUAUGAGUUAUAUUAUGGGGUUCAGAGGUUGAGGUGUCUUGGAUACAAUAUUUCUUUUGAAAAUGAAUUUCCUUUUCUUUCCUGAUUUUGUAAAUGUUGCAUCAGUUAUGCUUCAUGCAUUGUUACAUCUUCAUGGGGUAUAUGUAAUGUCUAGUUCAUUUCCAAUAAAUACAUU